UCGAGAUGAGACGCAAUACCGCGAAAAUAAUAUCAUAAGCAAUUUAAUAAAAGCUAAUUACUUUACAAACCUAUCCCUAUCACGAAGUCGAACCCCUGUGACUUCUAAAAUGAUGUCCUGUUUAAACUCAAAGCCUUUGUCUCUCGGGGCUCGUCACGAAACAUGAGUUGUGCACGUAUCCCGGCAUUGAUAUGGAACAAGCGCGAUACCGAUGCCAUGUUGCUCCUUGAUACAGAACAUGGCAGGCGUUUCAACGAAUACUUAGUUCACGUUGCCCUUCUCUUAUCUUUCGCAGUCUAUCAUUCAUCUCGCUCUCAUGCACAUCUGUGAUAAAGCUUGCAACCCUUGUAAAGUUCAUUGUCUUAGUCCGUAUUGUAUCAAGUCUAAUACACAAUGGCAAGUGGAUUGUUCAUUGCCUCUGGGCAUGCUGGAGAAAAGCAUCCUAGGGAAGACGACAAUAAUGAGUCGAGGCCUGCUAAGCGCGGUCGACUAGAGUCUACUGGGUUAUUUUGUGCGCCGCCGGAACGACGGUCAGUCUAUCAGCCCAGACCGUCGAUUCAAAGACAAACUCAACCGCGUACUCAACCCCCCUCUCAAGAGCAAACCCAGGAAUUGGUUCAGCCAAUCCCACCAUCUCAAUUUUUCAAAAAGCGUGAAAGAUCCGAGGUCUCUUAUAGGAGCUCCUGGAGUCGAGUCCCUUCGCUGGAUUCUCAAAUGUAUGAUUCUAUCCCGGGCAUUGAUUCCAUGUUCCUUUCCGAAUCUUCUAGUUCUGCGACCUCCGGUCUUCCUGAUUCUACCGGCCCUAUCUCAUUCCAGGACAUCCUCAAUGAUAUCCUACGGGCCCGCUCGAAUAUCCAAGACGCUAUCGCGGGCCGUAGGUCUAUAUCAGGGGAUCUGAACCCCGCAACCCUUACGGCAAAGCUAACCCGCGAAAACCUUAGGAGAUAUCGUAGACUUGAGAGGAUGCGCCUUGCCGCCGCUAAAUCGAAUCCCCUACCCUCUGCUCCGCCCUAUCGUCCGAUCUUCAAAUCAGUAAACUGGAACGGAGGGGCUAGUCGAUCAUAUGAAGAUGGCAGCGUAUCACCACGUAGGAAGUAA